GCAUUUCUACCGAAACACAUGCCUUGGGAAGUAUAUGGCUCUGCACUCCAAAUGCAAUAUGAAGCCAAGUGGUUCCAGUAUAUGAAAGAACACGUACCACCAUAUCUAUACGCCAUGGAAAACAAAGACGGUGACACUCCGGAGGAAAUCUUCGUGGCAGAGCACAAGAAAUUAUUAAAGGAAAGUAACGAGUGGAUGAAGGACACUUCAAGUUCUUACUCCAUUGUUGCCGCACUUACUGCUGGAGUCACCUACGCAACAUCGUACACUGUCCCAGGAGGCACAAAUGAUACUACUGGAAGACCGCCGUUGGAAGGCCAAAGUGCACUAAAUGUUUUUCUGAUCGCCAUUUUCGUCUCGUUUUGCUUCUCUACCACUUCCUUGGCAGCCUUCUUGGCGGUUUACAGUUCGCGGAAGCAACCAGAUGAUUUUCGUAGGAACUUGCCGCUGAAACUAUGUUUUGCGUUAACGUCAUUUUAUGUCGCUAUCGUCUCAAUGAUAGUGUCUUUUGUUGCGGCCCAUUCACUUGAAAUUGACCCCAAAAUGAAAGCUAAGCUUAUCCCAAUGUACAGUUUGAUUUUCCUACCAUUGUUGUUUUACACAUUAGCUCAGAUUCCACUCUACUGGGAUCUGGUCAGAGCCUCUUUCAAGAAGGUGCCACAGCCAAGAUACAUGGGAGAGAGCUUAACGAUCACCAUUCCCAAAAAAAGAAGCAGAAUGUAGGAUAUUGUUUCUUUUAUUGACCGUACAAUUUUCUUUUUCCAUAUUGCCAUUGGAUUGAAUCGGAUUCGAAUAUUGUUGUGUCUUAGCUCUUCUUAAAG